GGAUCAUCAUGGUGGGAGUGAUCAUCGGCUCCAAGAGGAUUGGCAUCAACCCAGACAACGUGGCCACGCCCAUCGCUGCCAGCUUCGGUGACCUCAUCACCCUGGCCAUCCUGGCCUGCCUCAGCCAGGGGCUCUACGAAUGCAUUGGUGAGUGGAGGGGGUAUAUAGAGAGAGGUUUCGAGAGGUUUAGCUUUAGGCCACUAGGGGGCAGUAUGAGCCCAUUUACUGGAACAUCAUAGCUACAUUGACAGCUCUGUCUGACUCGUCUGUCUGGCUAUCUUCAACUGUAUUUGUUUAGCUAGUGUGUGUCUGCUCCUCUCCCUGUCUCCACACAGAGUUGUAUCCCUAUGUGUCGUACCUGGUGUGUCUGUUCUUCCUCGGACUGACCCCUCUGUGGGUGGUCGUCUCCUCCAGAAACCCAGCAAGUCGCAUUCUACUCUACACAGGCUGGGAACCAAUCAUCACUGCCAUGGUCAUCAGCAGGUCUGCUCCCCUGUUCCGUGCCCCUGAAGUCCAGUCACAGCAUUCAAAUGGAAAUGGAAAUACCAUCCUUUAAUUUGUCUUUUUCUCUAGUAUCGGAGGACUCAUCUUGGACACAACUGUAUCAGACCCGAACAUGGUGGGAAUGAUAGUCUACACGCCAGUUAUGAAUGGUGAGACAAGGAUCUGGGUUUUUAGAAGCAUACAUUUAGGAACCUUCAAGAAAAUGGUAAGUCACAAGAUCUCUCCAUAUGUAUGAUCAUUGUGUCUUCUUCAUCUCUAUCUAGGUAUUGGGGGGAACUUGGUUGCCAUCCAGUCCAGUCGUAUAGCCACUGAUCUGCACCUCCACUGCUCACCAAGGCAGGUGCCUGAGGAUCGCAGGAGCUGCUACAACCCCUGUAGGACCUUCUGUGGCUCAGGUAAUGACACACACAUGUAGGCAGGCUCAUGCACAUGACCAGUCCCCUUAACAUACCUGUGAACACGAAAGGUUAUGAAAUGUUCUGUUGUCAGGUGUAUUGUAUCUGUCAGUUAACCAUAUCUACCUCUCUGACAGGCGCCAAUCAUCGCUCUGCCCAGGUGCUGCUCCUGUUGGUCGUCCCGGGUCACCUGAUCUUCCUGUACACCAUCCACUUGAUGAAGGGCAGCACCUCUCCCACACCUGUCUUCAUCACCUUCUUCUUAGCUGCAGCCCUCCUACAG